AUGGAGGGAGGAAUGGACUUGGAAGAGCGCAUCGAGACGCAAGUCAAUACCGACACGCAAGCGCCUGGCGCCGAAGAGGAGCAAGAAGAAGAGAACAAGUUUCAAAAAGCCAUCGGCGCAUGGCGGAAUAUCGACCUUACUACGCUUAUUCCACAGCUCGACACGGUAGCCUCUGACCUCGUCGCACACCAGCGGGACACUCUCACACAAAGGAAAGACCUCGCGCAAAAGACCAAGGAUUUUAGGAAACUCGAUGAUGCGAGCAAGCUAAACGACAUCAAGGCCCUCUUGAAGUCAUACCAGAACUUUAUUGAUCUCAUAUCCAACCAGUCCAAGACGGUACAGGCUGCCUUCUUCCAAGUCUACUCGCCGCUUUCCGAAGCGCCCGACCCGUAUCCUCUGCUUGAAGCCUCGGUCGACUCGCUCGUCACAUCCGAGGAGCUCGUACCAAAACUCACGUCCGAGAACGAGCGUCUUCAGAAGACGGUAGCCAAGCUCACCACACAACUCGAUGAUUCGGAGAAGAAGCUGGAGGAAGAGCGAGCAGCCCGCAAGUCGCUCGAAGAUGCCAGGGAUAGCAAGAUCAAGGAAGUCGAGGCUUCGUGGUCGGCUGUCUUGAACGAGAAACAGGACAACUGGCAGUCCAAGGAGAGGAGCUUGGAGGAAAAGGUCGAGAACCAAGAUCGCCUGCUCAAGGAACUCAAGGCCAGCUACGAGGUCUCGCAGCGGCUUGGCCAGGGAGAGGCGGCCGAAGAGGAGGGUGGACGAGGCGCCACAGCUGCAGAGCUCGAGAUUGUCAGCUCCGAGCUUGAGCGAACAAGCCAUCGUCUGGCCGAAAUUACUGCCCGAAACGAACAGUUGCGCUUGGAACUGGCCCAGUCUGCGUCCGCACCAGCCCAACAGGUUGCAGUCGAAGACGACCCCGCCUUCCUACGCCUACGAUCGGAGAACUCUUCGCUGCUACGGAAGCUGGAAAAUGCGCGCUUUGAGAAGGAUUCCGAGCGCACACGCCUAGAGACGGAGACACGAAGCUUGGAGAGAGAAAUCAAGUCACUGAAGAGUGAGAAGGAGGCGCUUCGCGAAAAGGUCCAAAAAUGGAGCGACUACGAAAAUGUCAAGCAAGAGCUGGAGGUGCUAAAGUCAAUCGAGUUUGCAACAGGAGAUGACGACGACGAAGCAACUGAAAUCACUCUAUCCCAGAACGGUGCAUCUGGCAAGGGCAAGGGCGAAACCCUGGAGCAGCUCCUGCUUGCUCGCAACAAGAAGCUAAGCAACGAGCUCACAGUCAUGCGCGUAUCGCACCAAGACCUUCAGAGCAGACUAGAAGCUCUCCAAGAGGAGCUCUCCAAUACAAACAUGGACUUGGAGAAGUCGCGACAACUCAACGAGACCCUAGAGGCCGAUCUCGAAAAGGUCCAACAGGAGGCUACAAAUGCCUUUGACCCGUCAGGCCAAUCAGUGGCUGGUACAUAUGUGUCGCGGCACCAACAGUCAUCGUUUGCUGGACGACGAGGUCGGUCAUCGCCUACGUCCUCGAUCAUUUCUGGCUUUGAUAACUCGUCGCAUACCACGACACUUGCGUCUCUUCGCGCGGGAGGUGGCGGCGGCGAAGUCAUGGGUGGUGGCUCCGGUAUCUUGCCCAUGGUCACCGCACAACGUGACCGCUUCAAGAAGCGCAACUCGGAGCUCGAGGCCGAGCUACAGAAGUCCUACCAGACCGUUUCCUCACUACGGAGCGAGAUUGGCGCAUUGCAGAAAGACAACCUGGAUCUGUAUGAGAAGACGAGGUUUGUCAGCAGCUAUAACGCUGUAAAUCGGGGCCCGGUAUCCAGUGCGUCGAGUUAUUCUGCGAACCCGAACCCGUCUGCUAUCAAUAUUGGAGAUGAAGGUUCAGCAGUCGACACCAAAUACCGGUCUGCAUACGAAUCCAACCUCAGCCCCUUUGCGGCGUUCCGAGGCCGCGAAAGUGCAAGAGCAAUGAAACGCAUGCACCUUUUCGAACGCAUGGUACUGCGCGUAACAAAGUUUGUCCUCCAGUCACGGACAAGUCGUAACAUGUUCGCCGGAUACUUGUUGGCACUCCACUUUAUGGUGUUUUAUUUUUUGUUUAGUUAUGAAACGAGUGCAGCAGGUGCAGCGACCAUGGUCGGGCCCAGCGUACCCGGAGGACCAGCCCCCGGACCGGAAGAUGCAGCAACUUGGCAUAAAGAUGAAGCGGGGACGUCGUAA